GUAAACUUAUUUUAAAACGUCAAUUGUAAAAUUAACGUAUUUUUAGUAAACAGACUUUGAAGAUUAAACAUCCACAUUCAAUUAAAAUUAAAUCCCAUAUAGAUGGCGAGUCGUGAAGGUGGCAAGAAGAAGCCUCUCAAGGCGCCCAAAAAGGAGGCCAAGGAGUUGGACGAACAGGAUGUGGCCCACAAGCAGAAGCAGAAGGAGCAACAAAAGGCUCUCGAGGCGGCCAAGCAGAAGGUGACACAAAAGUCCAGUAAAAAGGGCGGCAAGUGAGAUGUCCUGCGAAAUGUCCUGCCGGAAGUUGUUUACACUGUCUGCCAAUAUAUACGCACACUCUGUCUAAAGUCAAUGAUAAAUGUUUUGGUUCAUCUCGUCUGCUGCAAUAAAUUGAGUUAUGAUUCCUUUUUCAUUCUUGAA